CAUUUGGAUUGAAAACGUCGACGAAGACGCAGUGUUCAGGCAGAUUUUCACAUUUAUAAACUCUUUAGCUUUAACUUUAACUUUAAAAGCAGAAAAACUUGCUUCAAAAUUCCGUUUACUGAACUUUGUUCCGCAACAUCGGCUGUGAUAACUUUCGUUUUUCCAAUCGCUUUUCCAGACAGGCUUUCAUAGAAAUAGAAAUGAAGAAACGCGGAAACAGGGCUAAGAAAGGCCGCCGUUGUGGGGGACAGGAUGUGGCGGCGAAUGCGGUGAGGCGGCCCAAGUACUUGCCGAACCUGCGCUGCCUGAUCAUGCCGAUGGUGUUCUACGAGUCGAAGGAACGGGUCGCAGCAGCCCGGCUCUUCCUCGAGAUCCACACGCACGAUGCGGAUGCGGCGGCCCUGUUCGAGGGGGUCACAGCGCCCCGCUUCCAGGUGCCGCGCUCGCUCUUCCCGCACCGCGCUCCCGUGGACAAGAUCGUCUUCUUGCCGCCGCCCAUGCUGCCGGCUGGCUUCGAGGCCGGCGGGGUCUUUGGUCCGGGCGUGAUUCCACGACGCUUCUAUCCGACCGGACUGAUGCCGCCCGGUCACAAGGGACAGACGCCGCCGCUCUUCGUUGGACUGCGCCGCCAGGAGGUGUACAUUCCGCCUGUGCUCAAGAGGCUCCUGUUUCCCGAGGCUCAGUCGGACUCCCCACCAGCUGCCGACAGCUCGAGGCCACCGUCUCCGCCGCAGUGGCCAGUGGAGAAGGCGGCUCCGCCGAGGCGCCGGGUUUCGCACAGUUGCGUCCACGAGCUGGUCAACCUGGAGCUGAAGCUCCGUCGCGAGGAGUUCCCCACGUCGAAUCUUAUCGCACCGCCGCAAAAGCCGCCGCAACAGCAGCAAUCGAAGCAUCCGCGGCGCCACACUGUCGUGCAGCUCAACAUAUACACGCCGGAUCUGAGCAACGUGCUCAUCAUUCCCGGCAAGGGCGAUUUCACGGUGGCCGUUCUCUCCACGGUCAACCAUCCGCAUGUGCCCGCCGUGGCACUGGCCGCCAUGGGCGACGAACCGUGUCCGGUGUUCGAGCUCUCGCCGCAGAUCUUCCCCACGGAACCGUCCAAGCAGCCCGUUUUCCUGCCCAAGCGCUAUCUGCCGAAGGGAUUCGAGGCCUGCUGCGUCUUUCGACCGGGCACUCUGCCGGAUGCCUGGUUCUACGGAUCGCUGCGCAGCGACGACUCUCCGCUGCCGCAGCUCAGCACUGGGAUCAAUCCGCCGGUGGCCGUGGCCAAGUUCACCAGGGGAGGGGUGACCACCAAGCUGUUCAAGGAGCUGCACUUGGUCAACGAGAAGCCACGCAGCGAUGAUGGUACACCCGAGGUCGAUAUCAAGUCCAUGGAGUUCGGUCAGUUGCAGUCCGUGGUCCGUGGCCCCAAAGGGCUGAUCCUCCUGAUCACCGAUGGUCCGGAGACGCCGAGGGGUGCCCAGAGUCUGCAGGAGGACACGGAUCCCGACGAAAUGGGAUGCUUUUUGAAGAUCAAGCGCGGUGCGAGAGAUUUUGUGGUCGAAAAACCCUCAGAUGAUGAUGAAACUACAGAUGAGGAAAGCGAUCAGUCCCAAGAAAGGGUGAAGAGAGCUAAAAUAGAAACGGAAGAAACGGAACAGGAAACCGAAACAGAAGGCGAAUCGGUAACCGAAACGGAAACCGAAUCAGAAGAAGAAACUGAAACAGAAAUUGAUUCAGAAACUGAAAAAAUAACUAAAAAAGAGACUGAAGAAGAAACUGAAGAAGACACUGAAGAAUACACUAAAGAAGACACUGAAGAAGACACUGAAGAAGAAACUGAAGAAAACCCUGAUUUAGACACUGAAGAAGAAACUGAAGAAGACACUGAAGAAGAAACUGAAGAAAACCCUGAACUAGACACUGAAGAAGAAACUGUAGGAACUAAACAAGAAUUAGUAUUAGAAACGGAAACCGAAACAGAAGCUGAAACAGAAGCUGAAACUGAAACAGAAAAUGAAUCUGAAACGGAAACUGAAACCGAACCGGAAAUCCAAAUGGCAACAAAAGCGGAACCCGAUAGCGAAACCGAAACCGAAACUGAUGAGGAACCGGAAACCAAAAAGCAGGAGGCCAAGAAGAAGUACCUCAAGUACUUCCACGUAGAUAGCAACUUUGAUCAGAUCGCCGAGGCCGUGGCCAACAUGGGCAAGGUGGAGAUGGAGCUGAUGGUCAAGGAGGACUCCCUGCCCGGGAUAAAUCUCGAUCGCGCCCUGGACCAGAUGCGCAUGCUCUUCGAGGACCGCAUGGCGAUCCGUGCGCAGAGCGCCAGAACCAUGGUGGAUCACGCCCAGAGGAUCGAGGAAGGUCGUCGCCAGGCUCUGCGCAAGGAGAGGAAGCCCUGCGGCCAGUGCGGCAAGGUCCACUAGAAGGAUGAGAAGCUAUCGAUUGCAGUAUUACAUAUGUAAUUUAAUAUACUUUCUUUUGCAAUGA